AUGGCGUCAAUGGAAACGCUCCCGAUUGAGGCAAUCUACAACAUUGCAGACCUCGUCAUAGAAGAGGCAUUUGAUGAGAACAUCUUCGCAAAAACACAAUUGGCUCUGGCGCAAACAAACCACCAUUUCUAUGAUAUCGUCAACCCUCGACUUCGUGCAGCAAGCUAUUGCUGGGCAGCUCGAGAGGGAAGAAUAGAUAUCCUCAAGAAAGCACAUGAGAAUGGCGCGAAUCUAAGCGGGACUGGGACGAUGAGGCCUGAAGAAAGAGCAACGCCUUUGCACUAUGCCAUCAAGCAUGGGCAUCGUGAUAUCGUCGAGUACCUCGCUGACAUUGGCGUGGAUCCCCAUGUGCCAGCCAGAGGAGUCUGCGACUGUUGGAGCGAUACAGAGCCUGUAAGGCCCUAUGCCCUUCAUAUGGCCAUUCGACAUAGUGAUUUCGAAGGAGCUGAGAAAAUACUUGUCCAGAAGCUAGGAGCAUAUUGGACAUUCCAGGGAACAUCUGCUUUGGAGCAUGUUGACCCUCACGAUGUCAAUGAUAGGGAAACCAUAGACUUGCUCGUUAAGCUGCCCGGACCAAGACAUGCCGCUGAUGCAUUACGAUACGCUCUCAAGUGGAACGAGCCUGAGCUUGUAAACCGUCUGCUCGAGAGGUCUGAUAUGGAUGCUUCUGUGCCUGAUUCUGAUGGCCAAACUCCUCUAUUCUGGGCGAUUCAGUACAAACGAGUUGAUAUGGUUAAGUUACUGCUCCAGCGUCAAGAGGUCAAUCCCGGUACACCUGACAGGAACGGCUUCACUGCCUUGCAGGUGGCUGUUGGCGUGAGAAGUUUACCACUUGUCGAAUUGCUCCUCCAACGGGAAGAAGUCAAUGCUCGCAGGACUGACGCAGGGAACUCCGGUGCCCUCCACAUUGCUGCCGCGCGUGGAGAACUACAGAUCGCGAAUCUCCUCUUAGAGAAAAACGGUCUUGAUGUAGCAUCUCCUGAUUCAACGGGGAACACUCCCCUACACUGGGCUGUCAGAAGUCGCGAUAAACAAUACCAUCCGAGUUUGGUUCCGAUAUACGAUGAUGAUAACAAGAACGACGACGAUGAAGACGAUGACGAUAGUUUUACUUUUGAUGAACCACCUGGGUACAGAGAAGAAAGCCUCGACAUCAUCAAACGAUUACUAGCCAGACAAGAGGUCAACGCAGGAGGACAAGAUCAAGAUGGGCUCACCCCUUUACACCACGCUUGCUUGAUAGCAGAUUACGAAGUUGCGGAGCUCUUACUUCAACGUCAAGAUGUUGACCCCAAAGCUCGAGCUAUGAAUGGACAGACACCUCUCCAUCUCGCAGCAUCGAGUCACCAGCUAAGUGCAAAGAGGUUAAUGGAUUUGCUUCUCAAACAACCGGGUGUUGAGAUAACCGAGGUCGAUCACGAUGGUCGGACUGUCCUACACUACCUCUGUGGCGGGUAUGAUAAAGAGUACCCAGUCCUCGAUCUGAUCGAGACCGUGCUUGAAGCAGGCGUCCCGCUUGACCAGGAAUCUGCGACGGGGUUGACGGCUUUCCAUCAAGCACUCUGCAGCGGGUAUUGGAGUGUCGCUCUGUUUCUUCUCGACCGUGGUGCAGAUCCCAUGGUUUCGAAGCGUUUCAAGUACAACAACAGCCUGCUGCAUAUCAUCUUGAAGCAUUCUGACAACGACGAUGGAAAGUGCGAACUAAUCGAGAGGCUCAUCGAGAAAGGCAUUGAAGUCGAUACUUACACUGACUCGCCUGUUUUCGAUCCCCGGUUCAACGAGGACGACAAGAUCGAGAACAUCAUAGGUAUACGAUCCCCAGAUAUUCUUGUCGGCACAGAUUGUACUCCGCUCUUGUUGGCAGCAAUGCGCGAGUACAGCCUCAAUAGCAUGAAGAUGCUUCUUGAUGCGGGAGCAGACCCGAAUGUGCACGUCAUCAUAAGAGAUAUAGAAUUUGAGGGCAAGACGAAUGGUAAUCGUCAGGCAUUUUUGUCGGGAGUGUUCCGCCAUAUCUGGGAUCCUUUUAGCCCAGGCGACAAUGAGAUCCUAGAACAUGCACCCCCCAUCGGAUUGUUGCUAGAAUUUGGAUCGCGGCUAGACUUUGAUGGGCCAGCGGAUAGUCCACUCCAGGAGGCCUGUAAAGCAGCAGAAAAGGGACAUUUUGCUUUGUUGGAGAUUUUGCUGGGCAACUCAAAGGCAAGGAAUGUUGGCGAAAGCCAUGUUAAUGAGGUAAUCUCUGCGUACAAGGAGAAGCCGGAGUACAGUCAGAUUCACCAGAGGCUGGAAUCCUUUAAGCAAAAGAUAUUCAUUGAUUAG